AUGUAUCGCUCCCGUCUCAUCCCCACCAACACCCUCACCUUCCACAUCCUCGAGGCCGGCCACACCCCGGACAACUCCCGUCCACUUCUGCUCCUGCUGCACGGCUUCCCCGAGAUCGCCUUCUCCUGGCGCAAAGUGAUCCCCCAGCUAGCCGACGCAGGCUACUACGUCGUGGCCCCGGACCAGCGCGGGUUCGGCCAGACCACAGGAUGGGACACGCGCCCCUUCGACACCGUCGACCUGUCCACCUUCUCGCUGACCACCUUCGUCCGCGACAUGGUGCUCCUCGUACACGCGCUCGGCUACCGCACGGUGCAGUGCGUGGUCGGCCACGACUGUGGCGCCGUGACGGCGGCCAUGUGCGCGCUAGUGCGCCCGGAUCUCUUCAAGAGCCUCGUGCUUCUCAGCCACCCGUUCAACGGCACGCCCGCCGUGCCCUUCAACACGGCCAACCGUCCUACGGGGGAGACCCCGGACCCGGCCACCGGGAAUGGGGGCACCGAGUCCGCGGCGGGCGACCACGUGCACGCGGAGCUGGCGGCGCGCGGCCGCAAGCACUACAAAUGGUACUACUCGACGGAGUCCGCAAACGCAGACAUGCACCUGCCGGCUGCGGAUCUGCACACGUUCCUGCGCGGGUACUUCUACCUCAAGAGCGGGGCGUGGGCGGGCAACAAGCCGCGCCCGCUGGCUGCGUGGUCGGCCGCGGAGCUGGCGCAGCUCCCGUACUACUACGUGAUGCCGGCGGCGGCGACGAUGCCCGAGGCGGUGGCGGCGCAUAUGGCGGGGGAGUCGGCGGAGGCGGUGCGGCGGUCGCAUGCGUGGCUGUCGGAUGAGGAGCUGGCGGUGUAUGUGGGCGAGUAUGCGCGCACGGGCUUCCAGGGCGGGCUGAACUGGUACCGGGUGCGCACGGCGGCGGGGGGCCGGUAUACGCGGGACUUUGAGGUGUUUGCGGGCAAGAAGAUCGAGGUGCCGUGUGCGUUUGUGUCGGGGAAGCUGGACUGGGGCAUCUACCAGGAGCCCGGGGCGUUGCAGAAGAUGGCGGAUGGGACGGUGUGUAGUGACUUCCGGACGAUGCGGUUGGUGGAUGGCGUGGGACAUUGGGCGCCGCAGGAGUGUCCGGAUGAGGUGGUGGAGGUGAUUUUGGAGCUGGUGCACUAUGCGUCAGAUGAAGUGGAUUACGCCAACGCCAAAUGA